AUGCUCACGCAAGGACCAGGCAAAGUAGCUUGGACUGAGAAAGAUGUGGAGACGGAUGCUUUGGCGAUGAAAGCCCAGCUGCCGGCGGUGCUUUUGAGUAUGAUUGACGAUGAUGGAUGGCAUGGAGGAGAGAUCGUGCAGCUAGAGUCUGAUAUGCACAGGCCGAGCUGUGGGGAAAUUGCCUUGAACUACCCAUACCUCAAAGGCCUCGUGCAGAACCAUCCUCACUCUGUUCCAGGAGGCAUCUACUUGACAGACGUUGUCUUGUUCCUGGACAGUCUUCUGGAUGGCAAGUUGCUGGUCCAGCGGGACGGCAAAACAAAGAAAGUUCUUGCAGGUGAAGAAGCUGAACGUCUCAAGAGACUUCUAGGAGCCCUCAGGGCACUUUGGAGGUCUUCUCCUGGUGGCGCGCACCAUCCAAGGGUUACCGAGCUCAAAUCAUUCUUGAAAGAGUCGCCAAAGAAAGGUCAAGCAGCUGCAGAUCAUGAACACAGUCCUGAGGCUCUUCCGGUCAUGCCAGCUUUGAAUGAUGAUGGAAAUGGGGUUGCCGAGCCAGAGUUCGAGUCAGCCAACGAGGAGUCAUCAGAUGGCGAGUCAGAUGAGGCGGGAGCCCAUGCUUGUAUUCAUCCUGUUGAACCGGGCGACAGUGCGCCUGAGUCUGCAAAUGAUGGAAGCAUUGAAGACGAUGGUCUUGCAUCUUCGGAUGAUGGUGACAGUGAGGCUGAGCGCCCUGCAGUACCAUCUGGUUCUGGAGAUGGCCCUAAUGCAAAGUUGCUGACCAAACGCACUUUGAUGUUGGGCGAGGACGACUCAAGUGAUUUGAGUGGUUCUGAUGCGAGCGACAAGUCACAACCUGGCACUCCGCUGGUGGCCAAGCCUCACGAGAAGGAAUGGCAGGAGAAUGUCGAGCUCUUCCUUUCCCCGAUGGCUGGAAAUUCCGGGCCAAGAACACCUGAGAUCAUCGACAAGUCUCUUGAUGUGAUGAGAUUCAUCCAAAACAACCACCAGUCCAUGUGUCGCCACCCAAAGUUCAUGCAAUACUUGCACCACAUCGACUGGUCCCUUGCCAGGUUUGGUCCUCGUGCAGCCUGCUGGCUUACCACUCCUGACCAUUUUGAUGAGAGCGAUGCAUCUGACAUUGACAAUGUCAAGAAAGCUCUCAAGUUCAGCAUGGAUGAGUCAGAGGCCGAGCACAAGACGUAUCAGCCUUUAGCGUCACAUGACUGCGGUGAAUUGGUCACCCCGCGGAGCUAUGGUUUGAUGUCGACGGCCUUGAAUGAGGAUAAGUUCACUCCACCUCCAGUUGGGAGACAAACAGCUGCUGGCAUGAAGAAGCAGCAGGAGGAGCUGGAGGAGUCCAAGCGCGCAGACUCCAAGACCUCCAAGGUCAAGGGAGUCAUCUCCAAGGACAAGUCCAAGUCCAUGGCCAGUACUUCCAAGGCCAGUACUUCGAAGGCCUGCAAGGAGACCUCUUCUCCGCUACCAGCUGCGCACCUCUUCAAGGGGUACAACUUGAAGGAUCUUGGUGUGCCACGUUGCGCUUGGCCAGAUGAAAGCAAGGUCCAUCACGGAAAGCACGGCUACACUGUGACAGGGUCAAAUGACGCUGUUCUUUGGCCUUUGCUUCGCAAGUACGAUGAGCCGCUUGCCGCGCCGGCGCGCAGCUGCUGGCAGCUGCACGUGGAGGCUUUGCUGACGUUGGUUGGAAUGAUGUUCAGCACCAACGUGCCCCUUACACCUCUGGAUCAUGUGGAGACCUUCGCUGGGGAGAUGGCGGUGACAAUUGGGGAAUGGCAGGAUGGGUCGAGGGGCUCCACAAAGCGCACGAAGGCGUGUCCGCUGGGUGAUGAUUCCUACCAGUCGGUGCGCGAUGCAAACAUGAUGGUGGCGCGCGUGGUGUGCUUGCUGGUCAUAGCAACAGCACGUCAGAUUUGGUGGGUGCUUGAACAGCCAUGCAAUUCUCUCCUUGAGUCCCACCCAUUGUUUCAACGAAUGUUGAGGCUGAAGGGCUUUCGCGUCAAAAGGCACUCGACAUGCGUGCUGUACUAUGGUGGCCCGACUCGGAAACCAACAUGGCUGUACAGUAGUAUUGCUGACCUGGCCUAUUACGCGGACAAGUCAGCCAAGCCCCAAACGGAGGAUGUGGAGAUGACGGUUAAAUACGUCGACGGGAGUGGGAAAUCUCGGGUGAAAGGAGGAAAAGAUCUUAAACAGUCGCAAGCAUAUCCACGCAGGUGUCUAGCCUUUGAAAUUAAAAGGAUUAAAGGGUCUUAUUGUUGGUUUUGA